AUGCUCUUCAACCUCGGCUUGACAGCUGAUGCCGCUGCCGCUCACAACAGCGAGCUCGCUAGCCCCCAAACGGAAACACAGCACUCCAUGCCUUCUCGUGUCUCCUCGCCUCGCCCGUUUUCCUUCAGCAAUUUACCUUCAUGGGGAUUGGGAAGUCGCUUCAGCGGAGAGAAAACUGCAGAGACAGGACGACCUCGCUUUGAGCAACGGCGAUCAAUGCCAAUCACUGCCAUCGAGCCUAGAUCGUCGAGCGAUGAAGAUCGGUACUCUACCGCAGGACCUUCACCAGUUCGCCAGUACAGCCAGCACAAACACCCUAAGCAGUCAUCUCCGCGGCCGAAAACCAUCUAUCAGCUAGCCCACCCGGCGACGAAUGCGCGCCACAAGCGGCUGAAGCUCAGGCCGAAGCUCCUGCUGCAGCUUCAACAAGUGUCAUCUACGUCGCGUCCAGUGCCUGUUUUCGAUGUCUUACCGUCGACCCUGUUCAUGCCAAGACUGGCCCGAAAAGUCCCCGCAGCUCUGCGCGGCAAGCGAGGACUGGGGCCAAAUGAUUUAAUUGUCACGACUAGCGAUCUAUAUCAGCCGACGGUGGGAGAAGGAGCGGAUAGGAAUCUAAGCUCGGACGAGGAGAAUGGAGACCACCGUGAGGUUGUGGCAACGAUUUGCCAGCCGUGUAAGGAGGACGCCUUGUCCAAGGGAAAGGCAGAGAUCUGCCUCAAUUCUGGGACAGUAUGGGAAGCCACUCCUUUACCGAAUGGGUCGUACGAAUUUGCUGCAAAUACGGACUCGGGUCUCAUGAUUCUGCGAUGGGUACGGCGUGGACCGAAGAAGCGCCGCAUGUCGGCUCCCCCAGGCUCAAUUCCACCGGAAGAUACUCGUCGCUUCACAUUCAGCGUUAUCGAUCCUACUACUCGUCGACAUCCAGUUAUUGCAUCGAUGGCUCGUAACCACCUUGAGAUAUAUGACAGGUACUCACUACCAAGCACCGCCCCGUCUUCGCCUACCUCUACUGCUUUAUCUGUCAUUAGCGAUGCGUCGGAGAUGGAUCUUCCAUUGGACCAGCAAGUGAUGGAGACCGAUGAAAAGCUUCGUCUAUUGAUCACCAUCACUAGCAUUUGGGUUGCUUUCCGGGAGGGAUGGUCUCAUAAUUUUCGCUACAACGACAUCGCGGUUACUGGAAGGACUGGACGGUCUGCAAGCAUUUCGAAUAAUGUCUCGACUCCAGUUCAAGAAAGUGAAGAUGACACAGAUAAACAGACGUCAGCGGACCCGAAUCGUCGGGUAGUGACCUGGACCGCCGCAGCCUCUCAGCCUCCAGCAACGGACCGCUCGACUCAGUAUGGCAGCUUGUCUAAACGCUCCAACUCCACCGGCGCCGCCUUCCUCGAAAAGGCUAACAGGCGUAACUCCUCAAUGAAUCGGCAUAAUAUGGCCAGUCCGCGCCAGUCGUACGAUGCGUCGUUCGAGCCUAAAAAUGUCAGACCAGACCUGGUCUCCGGAUCUUGGUCACAACAACGAAAGGCAGACCGAGAAAACACGAAAUUCGAGUCCCCAAUUCGGCCCAAAGCGACACAUCGUUCCAAGCAAGAAGAUCGUCAAACAGCAGCCGACGACAAAUUGGAGUCUUUACGUCCCACAAAAGGGAAGCGCCGACACAGGUUAAGCAACCUUUUCGACUUCCUCAUCCGAAAAAGCGGGCAUCACCGCCAAUGA